UGCUGCCGCCGCCGCCGCCGCCGGAUGUCGCUCAACCCCUUCGACACUGUCAAUCGGAGGGACGCGCCCGGAGCCGGGCGCUCCAAUGUCCGAGACACCAAUCCCUUUGGCGAUGGCGCCACUCGGCCGGGCCCCGGGACGGGCUCCACACGCGACACCAAUCCCUUCGACUCGCCACCCAGCGGGGCAGGCCGUCCCACUGGCGGGGGAGCGCGCGACACCAACCCCUUCGAUGAUGAUGACGACGACGUCGUCGAGUCGGGCUUCUCUCAAGGGCGUCCAUCGAGCGUCAGCACGCGUGACACCAACCCUUUCGACUCACCCUCGCGGAUUCCCCCCCGGCCAGGGCUCAGUGCCUCCACGCCGGGGCCGGCCGCGGUCAAUCCCUUCGACAAGCGUGAGACAUCGCCCUCCCUUUCUAGCCCGGCUCCCGGUGCCGGAGCCACCGCGUCUGGUCGCCCGGGUGCCACGGCCGCGGCCACUGGGUCCACCUCUUCGUUGGCCUCGAUCGGCAGCAUGAGCGCCGUCGGUGCUGGAGGCGCUGCCGGCCCCCGGGGCGAGGCCUCUGCCGCCAGGCCCAUCCGCCCGACGGCCACUUCCUCAUUGUCGAGUCUUGCCGGCACGCCGCCCGGCAGCGGACUUGACCCGGCGCGGCCGGCUCCCGGGACCGCACAGCGCCCACCCCCCCUGGGGACGACUGCCACGCAGGUUUCCGAGCCGUCGACCAGCGACGAGCCGCCAGAGCUCGCCCUCCCGCGCGAGAUCAUCGACACAUUUGGCGACCCGCAUUUCGACGCGGACCAAUUCAUUUCGGACCGUCUGUACAACCACCUCUCCUCCGAUGUGGAGAGUGUCUUCAAGGAGCUGUCCUCGAGUUCGGCCCUGGCGGUGACCCGCCUCCAAAGCUGCGUCUCCGGGCACUAUCGCGAGUUCGUGUACACCUCGCAGGAGAUGGGCAUGCUCGAGCGUGAUGUUGACAACUUGCGUCGGGAUCUCUUUGCCUUGCAGGGGUCUGUCCGGGCCAUCUCGCUGACCAUCCAGGCGACCAAAUUCCAGGCCUUCCGGCCGCGCCGGCCAGGUGAGGUGGGUCCCCGGACCAAGGCGCAGCUAGUGUCACCGGACUUGCCGAGUGCCGCGACCGGGUCUCACCGCCGCCAGCGUUCGGCUGUCAUUUCGGCGGCCAUUUCCCCGAUCACCAAUGCCCCGGCGUCGUUGGGCCGGCUUUUUGGCCUGGGUGCCUCCAGUCCAAAGACUCCGUCGGCGGCGGCGGUCGGUGCCAGCGCGGCGGCGGCCAGCGCGGCAGAGGCCUCCCGGGGGCCGGACACCCUGGCUACUCGUGGCGGGACCCUGCGCCGGGCGAAAACCCGCCGUGGGGGCGCCGGCGGAGCCGGCGGAGCCAUGGCCGGCAGCGGCUGGCCCGGAGCCAGUGGGGCCUUCUUCGAUCCGGAUGCCCCGCUGUAUGGCGGCGAGCUGGAUGUCUCGCUGCUGACCCCGGGGCAUGAGUUCCUUCUCCGGGAGAUGGAGCUGACUGUGGUGCCGGAUGGCAGGCACUUGUGGGAUAUCCCGGCGCGGCCGCAUCGGCACGGGCCGCCGAGCACCCGAUCCCCGACGGUCAGCUCGCCAGGGUACCGGGCUCCGGGCGCCCGCGCCACAGGGCACCCGGCUGGAAGUGACUCGGACGGGGGGUCGAGCAUCGGUGGGCCAGGUGGCGCCGGGUCCUCGCCUUCUCCCUCCUCCGGCUGGGGCGGGUCUCCCUCACCGGGGUCGGUGUUCCCGUUGAUCCGGUCUCCCUUUGCCCGGCUGUCCGGGGUCGGCGGUGCCGGUGGCAGUAGCGGCGGCCCGACCGGCGGCCCGGGGUCCGGGCCUUUGGAUGUCGAUGCGGCUGGAGCCCUCCUGGAUGGGAUGGCCAUGCCGCGGUUGCCGGAUGUCGUGCCGACCCUGCUGCUAGCCACAAAUCUGUUGCUGGCUUCGCCGGAUACCUUCGCCGUGGAGUCGGCCGGGCGAUUGCUUCUCUUCGACUCGCAUCUGGUUCUGGCUGUGGGCCUGCAUGUGCGAGGUCCCGGAGACCCGAGCCCCGGCGAGUCCGCGGAGCCCGGGUCUGCCGGGGUUUCCGGGGAGCUGGGCGUCCCGGGUGGUCCGGGCGGCGGCGGCGGCGGCGGCGGCGGCGGCGGCGGCGGUGGCAGCAACGGCAGUGGCGGGGGCAUGCACUCGGCCGCCGGCGCCUCGACCGCUGCCGCCGCCACCGCCGCCACCUCCGGCGGCACUCACUACGGUGGUGGCGGCCCCCCUGGCAGCGGCCACCGGCGGUCCAACAGUCCGGUUGGCGGGGCCGGCCUACGUCGGGGAGGCCCAUCCGGGACGGCCGGCUCCGGGCACGGUCCAUCCCCCCUGUCCGGGUCUGGCCCCGGGCAUGGGCCCGGGCUGCAGUCCUACUCCCAGGGCACCAGCGGGCAUUUCAGCAGCGGGUCUCUGAUCAAUCCGCUGGCCUUCGGGUCGACGGUCCUGGAAACCGUGACCACGUCCAUCAUGAGCGGCGUGACGGGCGGCUACUCGACGAUGGCCGCGGCGGUCGGGGCGGUCGGCGGUGGCGGGGCUGAUGCCAUGUCCGAGGCGAUGCGCUUUUCCUCCGGGGUGCAGCAGUGUGCCUCCUGUGCGGCGCAAUCCCAGGGCCGGGCCAAGCCCGGGGACAAGGGUCCCCUGCCUGGCGGUCGUCCGGGCUCGGGCGAGUCCUCCCCCCCGCUCGGGGGGAUCCCCGCCCCGAGCCAGCCCUCGCCACUGCUGAGCCGGCAGUCGGCGGCCCUGAGUCUGUCGCCGGCGUCUACCAUGACCUCUGGCGCCAUUGCCGGCACCGGCACCGGCGCCGGCACCACCACCGAUGGGAGUGGGGCCAUGGUCGCCGGGGCCGGGCCGUGCGGAGCCCCUGGUUGCAUUGGUGUUGUGCCUGGUGGCCUGGUGGCCGACCCGCGGCGCUGGUACUUGGCCCUGGCAAGUCAAGUGGACUCGCUGUCGAGCGGGCGCUCCGGGCUGGAGCAAGCGGCGGCCUCCUUCUCCCCGCGGCCUCCCUUUGUGGCGGUCUUCUCGGCUCCCUUGUCGGCUGUGGCCACGGCCAAUGUCCACAAUCCCGAUGGUGGCCAGUCGAUGUUCAGCAUCUUCGCCGACUCGGCCAAGUUUUACUUGCAGUUCACCACCCGGGCCCUGAUGCUGGAGAUCAAGUCCAUUGUGGACAGUGCCCUGGCUAGUGCCCAGCGCCCGGGCAAGGGGCUUACCCCGCAGGAGCCCUCUUCGUCGAGCGGCACCAGCCAGCAGCCCCAGUCGACACAGCAGCAGCAGCGCCUUGCUCGGCAGGUGUCGACAAAUACGCUGACAGCCAUCUCCUCGUCGAGUCUCAGCUCGCCAGGGCUGACAGCCUCGGUGGGGCCCACGCCGCCGGAGACGCCCGCCGGGGCCAGUACCAGUGCUCCGGGAUCGGUCACCACGCCGCAGACCGCCAGCCGAGGCACUCCAAAGCCGGGGUCGGGCUCGGCGACGCCGGGCGACCCGGCCGGCCGGGCGGCCCCCACCUUCGAUGUCAUCUCCUACAUGGCCACCGUGUCCAACACCGAUGGCACACCGGAGGCCGAGGCCGACACCAAGCCGCGGGCUUCGUCGGUCACCGGGUCCGGGUCCAAUCCGCUGGCCAAGCUUGGCUUCCGGCAGAACCCCCUGUCGCGCUCGUCGGCUGGCAAGGCGGCGGCGGCGGCGGCGGCGGCGGCGGCGGCUACCGGGCCCGAGGACGCGGCCCCGGGUGGCCGUGCACGGUCGGCCACAUUGGACGCGGUACCGCUGCCGGGGACCAGCUCCCCGGUUGGGGCUACGGGCCCGGGCCCGGCCGGUGGCGGGAGUGCCGGGGCCUCCGGGUCCAAGACCGGUCGCGGGACGGUGGCCAUCCUGGCCGAAGACCCGCGCACCGGCCUUCCUCGAUUGCCGAAUGUGGUUGGUUCCUUCCAGGCGAUGAUGGAGCGCAAGCGGACCCCAAAGACGCUGGCCGGUGCCGCGCUUCCGGCCGGGAGCACGUCCAGCAUCCACCAUCCCAUGGAGCAGGCCACGCAAGAUGUGCAAAACCGCUUGGACGACAUGGCUGUGGCGAUUGCCCAUCGGGACUUCGUCGAGGCAUACAGCCAUCUGCUCAAUGCUCGACAGAUGAUCAUCGAGUUGGACGGCUCGCAGCCCCGGAUAGCCAAGCGGGUGACCCUGCCAGCGAGCUCCAUCAAAUGCCUGCUGGCAACGCUGUCGUCUUACUCCGAGCGCCUGGUUUUGGCGCUGGCAGACUCAAUCGACCGGCCGCAUCUUUCUCGAACGCAGCUCCACCGCCACAUUGCCCUCUUGCGGCUGCUCGGCCGGAGUGAUAUGGCGCUGGAGCGCUUCCUCUCACGACACGGAUCAGUCCUGGACAAGAAGAUGGCAUCGGUUGUUUUUGAGCGCCAUGUUACCGACUAUGUGGACAACCUGGUGACCAUCUUCGUCUCCGGAGUAUCCAUCGUGGUACAGCAGUUCAUUGAGCUCUUCGUGCCACCGGUGUCGCUGGACCGAGUGCUACGGUCGGCGCCGGCCGCCGGGGCCACCGUGCGUGUGGCCGGCCCCGCGAGCGCCUCCCCCGCCGUGGGCGGGCUCUCCUCGCCUGGCCGGGGGUCUGGGGCGUCACCGCGCGCGGCAGCCGGCGACAAAGCCGCCCCACCGGGGCGCUUCUCCCCGAUGGCUCUGCUGGGAUCUGCGUCGACGCACCUGCUGUUGGGGCCUCAGGCCCAGCGUGCGGCCGCCGGUCUGAUCGAUUCCUCGCAGUCGGCUGGUCUCCUUCGCUGGGUCUUGCAAAUGCUGGACUCCUAUAUUGUGCUGUUCGUGCGGUAUGUCUUCCGGGCGGCGAUCAGCAUCUCGGACGACAGCCCGGCCGCACGGGGGCGCUCGCUCCUGGAUGAGCCGCCAUCCCCGGGACUGGGGGAUCUUUCGCCGGACAGCUCGGUGACCAGCUUCGACCUGGCGCGCACCGGGUCCUCCACUUCGACAACCGGCGGCCCGGGAGCCGGGCCGGUGCUCUUCUCCGAGCGGGAGGCCAUUCGCACGGUGGCCGAGUGCAUUCGCAUUUCCACCUCACGCCUGCAGGCGCUGGAGGAGUUGCGCUUUUACAUCCGCACGGAUUUGCAGCAGGCGGCCGGGGCGACGCGCAGCGACGCGGCGGAUGCGGCCUUCGCGUCGUCCGGGGGCCCAGGGGCGCAAGCGGGCACGGGCCCCACCGCGCCGGCCUCCGGACCCGGGGGGGACACCUUCACCGAGGUGCGUCUCGGGCUGGUGUUCGCCUCGUUGGUGCGUACGUCGCCACUGGUGCGGUCCGGCCUGGCGUCGGCCUAUGACCGGUAUGUGUCGCGCUCGGUGUCGCACCUGCGCGCGGCGCUGUCCGCCGUGGAGCCCCUGCCGAUGCUGUCGCUGGAGCUCGCGCCGUCGGGGCCCGGGUCCGGACGUGUGUCCACCGCCCCGGGGUCCGGGGCCGAUCGCCGGCCUGGCGGCGCCCUGCAAAUCCACACCGGAGCCAGUACGGCCACUGGCCCUGGGGCCGACACCCUGGCGACGUCCCUGCCGGCGAUUGCUGUCAAGUUCGGCGUCACCCUCGAGUCAAUCGGGCACUUUUGCAUCGGCCCGCCCGGCUCCGGGGAUGACCUGCCGAAGGUGUGUUCCCUUGGCCUGGGUGUCCUCUGCUCGCGGCUGGAGAUCCUCCUGCGAGACCUCCGUCAGCUUGACCUGAAUGAUGUGGCCGACUCGGCCCUGCAAUCACUCCUGGACUUGUGUCUGGUGUAUGCCAACCACUUGCGCACUUUGAUCGAGCGGUUCUUGACCGGCGGCAGUUCGGCGCUCAAGCCGGCCGCCGCACACUUCGAGCUUCCGCCCUCGGUGGUGACCCUCCUGUCGGACCUGGUGCUGAUCCAAGGCCCGUUGCUGGAUCGGCUGUCGCAGGACUUCGCCGGGCUGCCCUCCAGUCAGGGCCCCCCACCGGCCGUCAUCCAGGCCAAGCGGCAUGUCAAUGACAUCAUCAACAAGUCUGCCUCCCUGGCACUCAAUAAUGUCACCUCCUCCUCGUCGGCCACCUCCAACCGGGUCAUGCCUCUCGGGGUGUACCUGGUGGAGCGGGCCUGGGCAUACCCCCGGGGGUUGCCAUAUGCAUCGCUUGAGGAAUUCCCCGACGCCGAGAGCGUGGAACUGCCCUCUCCCGGCAUGCAGUCACUGCUUCAGUCGUUCUUCAGCACGCAGGAGCAGUUCCCACUGGCACUUCGGCGCUCAGUGGCCGAAGUGGUCGCCACUCAGAUCACCAGCCUGGUGUCCAUCGGCACGCCAAAUGUGCCCCUGCUGACCAACGUUGGCGUGCAUUGCCUGAACUUGGAUCUCUUGGUUCUCGAGGAGGCCUUCCGACGCCACUUUGGUGAGGAGUACCUGGCGCAUAGCAAGCUUGUCGCGCGCAUCGAGGCCGCGCGCAUCAGCAUUCUCCGGUCCAAUGACCACCACAAGAUCCAGAGCGACCGGUGGUUCGUCCGGAAGGCGGCCGCCUCGCUCGACGAGCUGGCCAUUAUUCCUCCCUCUGCCGUGCAUCCAUCCUACAUGGCUGGCAAGUAACACGCCCCCCCCCCCCCCCCACACUGCGUCCCGCCCCUUCCCACAGGGCCGGGGGAGGGGGGAAUUCAAGUAGAUGCAAGGGCAAAUAUACAUCCCCCGAAGGUUUCCCA